UAAUCUGUGGUAUCAUUUGAAAAAUAUGGCGGCUGUGCUCGAUUUUGAGCCGUGGCUUAUUAAUAAAUUGAAAUCUUUAAAAACUGAUGAGAAUGUAUUUGGGACAUAUAUAUCAGGCAUUUUGGAUAGUGAAGAUUCUGUGGAUGACAAAAAAGAUGCAUUGGAAGGUAUACUAGCGGAGAUUGUGGAAAGUGAUAUUUCUGUCCAUGUAAAUGAGAUAAUAGAGAAAUGGGAAUCCUCUAGGCCUAAAGAAGAAGCCCCUAAACCAGUCACCGAUGUGGACUUACAAUUAGCCAAAUUAUUAGAAUCUCAAUCACUUGCCACUACAACGCGGCGUGAAUACACAGACGAGGAAAAGAAAAUACGUGAAGCUAUUUUGUCACAGUAUAGUCAACUGUCUGACAAUGAGGAAAAUGAAGUAAAUGAAGAAGAGCCGGAGUCCCCUGACCUUGUUAAGAAUACAAAUGCAGCUGAUGUUGCAGCUGCAGCACGUGGGCGCCGUGAACAGGCUCGCCAGGAAGCUCAGCGUAAAAAGGAAAAAGAUAAAGAAGACAGAGAGAAACAAAAGCAGCUAAAAGAAGAGAAGAAAGAAAAACGCAAAACACAAAAAGGUGAACGUAAAAGGUAGCAAUCUAAAUGUGUUAAGUGAAUAGCAUUGCUGUUCCAACUUUUAUAGGAUAUUCUUAAUAUUACUCUUAUAUCCUAGUAAUAAUACAUAGAUGAGUAACAUUUAUUUAUUUGUUUUGGAUGUCAACUCACCAUCAUUGUCACAAGGUUGUUAUAUAGCCUUUGUAGUAAAAAAUAACCCUGUUUUAACUAUUUCUGUUUUAGUAUAUUAAUGAAAGCAUAUAUCAUUGGUCGCAUGUUACAUUGUGUUCAGCAGGCCUGCAAGUGUUUGUAAGUAUUAUAACAUGUCCAAAGGGUCAUCCUGUCAUCCUCGUGUAUCAAUACUAAAUUAUGCUUUGUUAUGUUCAAAAUAAACCUGCCUAACAGAGAACCAUUUCAGACUAUGUUAUACUAUAUCUAUGAUUCCAGCCUUGUAGAGGUAUAAUUAUUCUAAUGCAGAAAAAAAGUAUUACUAAUCCUAGUCAUUUUGUUCCUAAUGUAUAUCAUUGUAUAUACCUUACUAUAUUGCUACUGCUGAUAGGUUAGUACAACAGGUCUUUGUAUCUCUGUUUUACAAAAAGUUUUGAAAAUCUAAGUUUCUGGGUGCAUAAUAUUACACCUUCUUUAAAUAUAGAUUCCAUUAUAAAAAUAUGUCUUCUGACUGAUUAAAAUGGCAUAUAACUUUUUAUGAGUUGCAGUAAGAAGUUGAAUUGUAAAGCUUGUUAGUUAUUAAAAAUAUGGAAAUUUGUGUUGGAAUUCUGAACAGAGAAAUAUAGAAAUAAAGUUGGAGCUAUUGGUUAGAAUUUAGAGUACUUUAAAUAAUAUAUUGCUGGGAUAUAAAAGUAAAAUAUCAUCCAAUAAAUUGAAGUGAAUAUAUAUAUAAUUUUAUUUACAUCAACAUAAUUAUAAUAUAAAGCUUUUUGUAUGCAUGCAUCUUUUUAAUAAAAAAAUAAAAAAUUGAAAGCAGAAAUGAACUAUGUAUUACACAAAUACAUAGUUCAUUUCUAAAACUGUGUAUUAGACAAAAUACAUUUCAUAAUUGUGUUAAAUGUGCCCCUUUUGCUUAUUUUUUAUCUAAUAGUAAAAGAUAUAUUUGUAUACGAAUUUCAUUCAGUACUUUAAAAUUGACUGAGAAAUAUCUGUACAUUUGUAAAAGCAAACUUCUAUAUUGUGAAUAUUAUGUUUAGCACAUUAUAGUAUGAUGCAUGUGACAACUGACAUUUUGAAGAAGACAAUCUAAUAAUCGUAGUACAUAUUUGUUUACCUCUAAAUGUUUAUAAAUUACGUUUUAGUAAUUUUUUACUUGUAUCAUGUUGUAAUGUGCAGUUUAGUAGGAUUUGUGAUUGCACAGUUAAAUGCUUUCCAGUGAACACUGGAUAUUCAUAUCAUUUAUUAAAGGAGGUGUUUGAUUUGUUACUGGAGUUUCAUGCAUUGAAUGUAGUAGUAAGUUUACUACUGAGUUAAAUAAAAAUUAAAAACAAGUAAAUAUAUAUAUAUUAAAAAUUCAUAAGAAAUAAUGUUCUGUAAAAUAAUUGCAAUAUAUUUCCAAUUUUCUUGAUCUGUAAUUGUAUUACAAAAUUGAGUUUAUCUAGGGCCUGCCCUAAUGAAGAAAUUGUCUUCAGGGUACUUUUAAAUAGUGUGAUAUCUUUUCUUUCUAUAUUUGGUACAAAAAGUAAAAAAAAAAAAAUUGCCAUGUCAUUUUAUUGAUUUUUAACAAAACAGUACAUAGAAUAAACAGAGUCAAAAUAUUUAUAUAUUCA